ACUUAAAAUAAACGCAUAAGUGUGUUGGAUUGUGUGAAAGUGAGCGUGUGGAUGGGCGGAGAGCUGCAGCUUUAGCGCCAAGUUAAAUCCACUCCUCUCUGACGUUGAUGCUUCAAGUCAUCUGUUCCCUACAAGGCGCCAGCUCAGAGGAACUAGCCCGGCCUGAAACACACACACACGGACACAGACAGCACCCCGACACCCAACAACAGCCGGUCACCUUCUUCAUUUGUAGUAUUUUAGACCAGGAGAAGAGUGAACUUCAAGGGCCGGAUCCUGAGGUUUACUCCCACACUGAUCAAACCCCCUCUGAGUAUAAUGCGAGGAACACGGGAAGAAACAGAACCUCAGUCUGUUGCUCCCGAGGCGCCCCAAGAACCUCCAGUCCGGUCGAGGAAGAGGAAGGCAGAUGUUGCUAUUUACUUGCAAGAUGUGGAUGAGGAGGUAGCAGAGAUGACGAAGAAGAAGCAGCGUGAAUGUGAGCUGGGCUGGAGUCCUGACGCUGGUUACACGAGUCCACAGAGGUGGAUCCCCACACCUGACCAGGAAGAAGACCAACCAGUUGCUCUGAUUAAUGCAGGUUUCCCCCACUACAACUUCAACAAUGUUUUUGUAACCCCCGUGCGUUGCGCCCCGCUCCCUGCGCUGUGCUGGGCCAGUAAAGACGUGGUUUGGAACAACAUGUUGGAGAAAGAUAAGACCUACAGCAGGGACGUCAACGUGAUGGACAAACAUCCUCAUCUGCAGCCGAAAAUGAGAGCGAUUCUCCUGGACUGGCUCAUGGAGGUGAGUGAGGUGUACAAACUGCACAGAGAGUCCUACCACCUGGCUCAGGACUACUUUGAUCGCUUCAUGGCAACACAAAGAAACGUCUUCAAAUCAACGCUGCAGCUCAUCGGCAUCACCUGUCUCUUCAUCGCUGCCAAAGUAGAGGAGAUGUAUCCUCCCAAGGUCCACCAGUUUGCUUAUGUUACAGAUGAAGCCUGCACUGAAGAUGAGAUUCUCAGUAUGGAAAUUAUUAUAAUGAAGGAGCUGAAGUGGAGUCUGAGCCCACAGACUCCCAUCUCCUGGCUCAAUGUUUACAUGCAGGUGGCCUACCUGAAGGAGACGGACGAGCUGCUCAUCCCCAGAUACCCGCAGGCUACUUUCACACAGAUCGCAGAGUUGUUGGACCUGUGUAUGCUCGAUGUUCGCUGCCUUGAGUUUCCCAACGGCAUCCUCGCUGCUUCAGCCUUGUUUCACUUCUCUUCUCUGGAGCUGGUGGAAAAUGUCUCAGCUCUGAAGAGGGUGGAGGUGGAGGAGUGUGUGAGGUGGAUGGUGCCGUUUGCGAUGGCUCUGCGUGAGGUCGGUGGCUCGUCUAUGAAAACUUUCCCAGGAAUCCCUGCAGACGACAUGCACAACAUCCAGAACCAUGGCUCCUACAUUACAUUACUGGAAAAGGCCAACUCUUACCAGGAUGCAGAGUUGCAGCAUCACGGCAAAUGUCCCGUACCUUCCGGCGUCCUGACUCCGCCCCAGAGCAGCGAGAAAACUGAAGAUUCGGUCCGAGUGGAUGCCGCGGUGGUGAAAAUCAGGCCCAGGAUUUGUACUCCAUCCCCACAAGAGUAGUGAAGCAAACACUGAAACUGCCAAGACAACAGCUUCCUGAUUAGAUUUUACAUUUUAACUGUAAGAAGAAGAAGAAGAAAAGCAACUCCGGAGUGUUGACAGAACAGCGAUGCCACUGCAGAACCGGUUCAGACAAGUACGAUGGAUUUUCAGUGAAGACACAUUGGGUGAAAAAUGGUUUUCUCCUUUCAAAGUCAUGCUGAUUACUUGGAUCCAGACGCUUUUUAAAUGUCUCUGUAGUGGGUGCACACAGUGACUGUGACUAAAUUGGGGAAACACUGACACACAGUGGUUUGCAUGGCCUCUAUCUCCACAGGAAUCUUUAUUACCUUAAAGCAAAGGAAAGGACGGUAAGGAAAAGGCGGCUCAAGCGAAGAUUUUUGUUUUUGAGAAGCAUUGCACCCAGAUGCUUGCAUUAAUUACCAACCACACCUUCAUUCUGUGGUUGCCAUUUUUUAUUUUCUAUGCAGAGGCCGAAUUGAAUGGACAUUUUAUGGAGUCUCUACUUGAUUUAGCGUGUGUGCAUGUGUGUGUGUAUGUGUGUUUUGGCGGGAUGUUAAUCUUAUGAGUUGCCUCGUUUGCCCCAAAACUAUUCCUAGGGUCAUAUUUGGCUCUCUAUGCUGCUAUAAAAGUGGGCUUUGCAUGAUGGAGGGGGGGAGUUUGUGUGUGUGUGUGUGUUUGUGUGACAGUGUGUUGCUCUUGUUUUUGGUUCGACUUUUGCCAUUUUAUUGGACAGAACAUGGCCAUGUUUUGCUUAGGGACCAGUAGCUUGGCUACCUACAUGGACAAGUGAACCAGCCAGGCUUCAGAAGCUAUAAUAUUGAUUGUAUUUAACUUUUAUUUUUAUCCCAACCUGCGGUUUGUUUCUCCACCACCAAAAUGUAAGAUUUCUAUUUGACUUUUUAACAAUAAAAUGCUGCUACAUAUUUUCCAUUUAUAAGACAUUUUCUGAUGACUUUUAAUUAAACAAUAUUUUGUCAUUAAGGAUGUUCAGGAUUUUUUUUUAAAUUGCACU